AUGGCGACCUCAAGCCUGCCCACCACCUCCGUUACCCCCCCUCCUGCUACUACAAACGCCUCCAGCGAAACACAGCUCAACCCAACUCUCCCCAUGGCUGACACAUCCCUUCCCAUCUCCUCCCAACCUCUCCCAAACCCCUCCGCUGCCCUCGAUCUUACCACCCUUAUGGUCAAUCUGCCAAGCAACACCACAACCACCGUGUUGCCUCCCAUCGUCUACACAACACCUCAACCCAUCUCCCACCCAAUUCUAGGUAUCCACAUCCACAACUACAUAAAAUUUCGGGUGACCACCGCCGGCGAAAACUUCUCGAAGUGGAGGCAGAUCAUCACCUUCCUCCUCACCAUGUACAAGGCCUUGGACCACAUCACCGCCGGCACUUCCCCUCAAGUCCCUGACGAUCUCUGGAUGGCCGUGGACAUCCACAUCUCCUUGUGGUUCAUGGCCACCCUGAGUGAUGAUCUACACCGACUCGUCUCCAGCCCCGAUGGCCGCGCCGGCUCUACAUGGGCACGCCUCAUGCGCUUCUUCCUCGACAACGAGGCGUCCCGCUAUCUCUUCCUCAGCAAGGCGUUCCGCAGUACCCUUCGUGGCGAUCUUCCGAUCUCCACCUAUGCUAGCAAGCUACAGCGGAUGGUGGACGGCCUCGCCGCCAUCGGUCGCCCCGUCGACGACCACGACCUCACUCUUCAGUUCAUCGAUGGUCUGGGUGAUCAAUACAAACUUCAGGCCGAGAUCCUCAAAACCUCGGUUCCCUCCUUCGCCGACGCCUGCUCACGUCUUCAACGCGCCAAGAUCGACGCCGCCUCCACCAUCCAGCAUGCCGGCGCCCAGGCGCUUGCUGUCCAGACUGGUGGCCGUGCUGCUCCCAAUGGCGGUGGCAACUCCACGCGCCCGCCCGGUGUCAGCCCCAAUUACCGUGGCCGGAAUACGAUUCCCGGGUUCCAGUACGGCCAAAACCAGCAGCACGGAGGAGCCCGUGGUAGCGGCCAGCAGCAAGGCAGCGGCCGUGGCCGUGGUGGCGGACAGCAGCAACACUACUCAGGAGGACGCAACGACUACGGCGCAGGACGAGGGGGCCAGCAGCAGCCUUGGCUCGGCUACUUUGCUCCCAUGGGCACACCGUUCCCACCUCGCUCCCCUUGGAUCCCACCAAACGCGUCGAGUGUUCUCGGACCACGUCCCGGCGUACCGACCCAGGCAUACCCACUGAUGCACUCGCCAGCUCCAACCACCGUGCCCCAGCCUGCAUCGACUCCUUCAUGGGACUACAACACCCUCUACCAAUCUACUCCGAGCUACGGCACUGCGUUCCCCCAGCCUGACCACGACUGGAUCAUGGACUCCGGCGCCACGUCUCACGUCACCGGCACCCAAGCUUCAUCGCCACCCAAUUCCACACAACCAUCUGUUGUCUUCAAUGCGACAAUGGCGGAGAGUUUCUCACCACCACCUUACGCACAUACCUAUCCUCCCAUGGCGUCUCCCUACGUCUCUCUUGUCCUCACACCUCACUGCAAAAUGGCCGCGCUGAGCGCCUGA